AUGUCUGAGCAAUACUUUGACUUUCAGCGGAUCUUCAGAUACGACAUAGAUACAUACAAUGCGGUACAUCAGUUGAAUACUGAAAAUAAAGAAGAAUUAAACAAAAUUUACCAAAUGAUCAAAACAAAUUUGAUUGAUUCACGGAGAUAUCGCCCAAGAAAGAUUAUAGAAAAUAUUUUGAAUAUUAUCCCUUAUAACAACCGCUAUGCAGAGCAAUAUUUGGAACUUGCAAAACACAUAUAUGAUGAAUAUCGCGUUGAAGGGGUUAUGUAUUGUAAUAUAUUUAAUUAUCUAUUUUAUAAAGUAUAUGGGAUUAAUUUAAACAAAUCCGCCGAUUUUGAAGAAAAUAACUCAGAUAAUCUCAAUGUUCAUACAGAAAAUACAAUUUACAGAACAAUUAUGUAUAACGACCUAAAAAUAUUCAUCUCAUUCACAGAAAGAGAAGGUUUUGAUAAAGACGAAAGACUUAUAAGUAAAUUAUAUCCACACUCUAAGAAAGGAUAUUCAUUACUUGAAUUAUGUUGUUACCAUGGAGCAGUUGAUUGUUUCAAGUUAUUAAGAACGAAAUUUGACUCAAAAAUAACUCAAAAAUGUCUUCGAUUUUCAUUUUUAGGCGGAAAUCCAGAGAUCAUGAGUGAAUGUUUGAAAUAUCAAAAACCAAAUCAAAAAUGCAUGAAAUUUGCAAUUAUUUCACACAACAUUGAUUUUGUUACAUUCUUGAUGAAUGAAUACAAUUUAGAGAUUAGUUUAUAUGAUUGUGGAAAAUAUAAUAAUCUUGAAUCAUUUUUUGUUUAUUAUGCUCAAACUAAUGAUAUUAACGAAUGUUUUUAUCUUUCAGCAUUAUAUGAAAUGUUACCUCUUUGUGAAUACUUCAUUGUACAUGGUGCAAAUAUCCAUACUAAAAAUUGUUGUGGGGAUAGCGCUUUUCAUCAAGCAGUAAAUCAUAAUAACAAAGAAAUGGCUGAACUUCUUCUUUCUUAUGGUGCAAAUAUCAAUGCCAAAAAUAUUUUUGGAAAUACCCCUCUUCAUAUGGCAGCAUUAGAUGAUCGUAAAGAAAUGGUCGAAUUUCUUAUUUCACAUGGUGCAAAUAUUGAUUUACAAGGUAGAGCUGGAGAAACAGCUCUUCAAUAUGCAGCAGCAAAUAAUCGUAAAGAAGUUUUAAAAGUUCUUAUUUCACAUGGUGCAAAUAUCUAUGAAAAAGAUUACUAUGAUAAUACAGCACUUCAAUUAGCAUCAUACAAUGAUAGUAAAGAAAUGAUCGAAUAUCUUAUUUCUAAUGGUGCAAAUAUCGGUGAUAAAAAUAAACAUGGAAGAACUGCCCUUCAUAAUGCAGCCAAUGAAAAUCGCAAAGAAACAACCGAGAUUCUUAUUUCUCAUGGUGCAAAUGUCAAUGACAAAGAUAUUUAUGGGAAUACCCCUCUUCAUUUUGCCGCAUGUAAAAAUUGUAAAGAAACGGCUGAACUUCUUCUUUCUCAUGGUGUAAAUAUCAGGAUCAAAGAUAAUGAUGGGAAUACUGCCUUUCGGGUUGCAGUAGAAAAUAAUUGUAAAGAAACAGCCGAACUUCUUUUUGCAUAUGGAACUGGAUUAAGGUUAAUUUUGCCUCCAGAACCAAGAACAGCAUAA